AGUUUGCUUCGUUGGAGAUUUGGUGGUGUCCGGGUAGGUUGGUAUGUGAAGACUGCAGAGGAUUCGGGGAUACCUAACACUGACCAUUGUGGAAUUGGAAAAAAAAGGGCCAGCAGACGUUCAAAGAGACCAAAAGAAUCAAAGAGACGGCUUUCACGGGCAAGGAAGAGCGGUGACAGAGGGAACUGCCUUUUUUUCUUUAGCUUUGUGCAGGGAUAUUCCUUAGCUAUCUGUAUCUUUGAUUAGCUUGUGUUAGUAUACUUUGUGUUAGUAUACUGGAAGGUGGACCGAAUUUCUGUGCUGCCUGAGAAGAAGUAGGUCAGAGAGAGAUGAAAGUGAAGGGCAGGGUGUCUUCAUCUUGGAACUGCGGGAGGCAUGUGGGUCUACCGCUUGUUUUCAUCCUCUGCUCCCUCUUCUUUGCCGCCGGCUUCUUCGCUUCUCUUUUUCUCCUGUCCCAGGAUGCCUCGAUGAGCUUGCCGGAGCUAAGAGAUAGGACACUGCUUGAGGAAGAAGAGGAGGAAUCUUUUGCUUCGAUGGCGCACGGAAGAACCGGUGAUCCUUCCCUUAAUUCCAUUCCUUUCCAGGUUUUGAGUUGGAGACCUUGUGCCUUGUUUUUCCCGAGGUUUGCAGAACCAGAGCAAUGCCAGACCAUAAUCCGGAUAGCCAAGAACAACUUGGAACCUUCUACGCUCAUGUUGCGCAAGGGAGAAACGGCUGAGAAUACCAAGGGAAUCAGGACUAGUUCAGGUACAUUUAUCAGUGCAGCAGAAGAUAAAACCGGAACUUUGGACCUCAUAGAACAGAAGAUUGCAAAAGUGACCAUGAUUCCAAGAUCACAUGGUGAGGCUUUCAAUAUCCUGCGGUAUCAAAGAGGUCAGAAGUAUGAUUCACAUUAUGAUGUGUUCAAUCCUGCUGAAUAUGGUCCACAAAAGAGUCAAAGGAUGGCAUCUUUUCUACUGUACCUAACUGAUGUCGAGGAAGGUGGAGAAACAAUGUUUCCUUUUGAGGAUGAUAAUGUUGAUGUUGGUUAUGACUACAAAGGAUGUAUUGGUCUGAAAGUGAAGCCAAAACAAGGGGAUGCACUUCUUUUCUAUUCACUCUUCCCAAAUGGCACAAUCGAUGUGAGUUCACUACAUGGGAGUUGCCCUGUAAUAAACGGUGAAAAAUGGGUGGCAACAAAAUGGAUCAGAGAUCAGAUAGACAAUUAGAUUCUUUAUUUAAUUCCAUUGUUGGCUUUUCUUGCCAGAUUGAUUCACUGAUGGGUGUAGAGGAAAUUAUGGUAAUGUUGUAGGCUUGUAGCCCUCUUCACGGUCUGGUCCUUUUUGUUGUUUUUACUUUUUAUGAUGUAUUUUCACGUCUGUAAAAAUGAUUAACCAACAAAGAUGAAUAAAAGAUGAAACAAAAGGUAACCUCAAACAUUUUUUUUCCUGAAUAA